GAAGUACCUGACAUCAUGCCGAAGAGCAGUGCUGCUGGUCACCAGACAGCCACUCAAGGAAACACCAUGAAAAAUGCUGAUAUCAAGAGACUACUGUAUACCCAUCUUUUAUGCAUAUUCUCAAUUAUCCUAAGCAUCUUCAUUCCAUCAUUCUUCUUGGAGAACUUCUCAAUAUUGGAAACUCACUUGAUGUGGUUGUGCAUCUGUUCUGUUUUUGUAACUGCCGUCAAUCUAGUAUUAUAUUUAGUGGUGAAACCAAAUGCAUCCAGUAAAAGAAGUUCAUUAUCAUACAAGGUAAGGUGGUUCUACUUUCUAUGUCUGUUUCGUCUUUCAUGUAAUUUUGUCCUAUAUGGAGCACCAUUAAUAGAGCUGGUGUUGGAAACAUUUUUAUUUGCAGUGAUCUUGUCUACUUUUACUACAGUACCUUGUUUGUGUUUGUUAGGACCAAACCUCAAAGCAUGGCUAAGGGUUUUCAGUAGAAACGGAGUUACAUCCGUUUGGGAGAAUAGUCUCCAGAUCACCACAAUUUCUAGUUUUCUAGGAACAUGGCUUGGAGCCUUUCCUAUUCCACUCGAUUGGGAAAGGCCAUGGCAGGUGUGGCCCAUCUCCUGCACGCUCGGAGCGACCUUUGGCUACGUGGCUGGCCUCGUCAUUUCCCCGCUCUGGAUCUACUGGAACAGAAAGCAGCUCACAUACAAGAACAAUUAAUUGGAACAAAGGAAGAUAUUUUUGUGUGCAGAUUCCAUAAAGACUGUGCAGAAAUGUAUAUGGUCUAAGCCAGGCAGUCCCAUUUACAGCACUGUUUUUUUUAUGUAGUUACAUGAUGUGAUUGUAGCUUUUAAAACUAUGAAACCCCUGAGAGAUUGUACCUUCUAGUCGAAAUAAAGUAUUUAUAAUAGACUGUGGCUUCA